AUGGUAGUGGGAGGGGUCACAGUAUGGCAAACGCGUCGAGAUCCAGGCCGGAUCUCCGUGCUGGGCCCUUGGGUCACCGUGCACGGCUCCGAGAAGUCGUCGCUCACCAAGUUAUACACCGUACUUUCAAGCCCAGCAACCUUCACUCCCGCUGCUACUUCUCGAUGGAUGCAAGUCUUCGAGGGAUCUCUCCCCAAAUGGGUUUAA